CACACAUCGGGCACAAACACGCAUCACGCACACACACAUGCGCUCAAACACGCACACACACACAUACCCAACCUCCCACUUUCUCCCUGUCCCUCUCUGCUCAGCUUGUAUGAGCAGUGCUGCUCUGGGAUUCAGUUGGCCCGCUGGUCCAUUCUGCUUCUGUACUACGCUACUCACCUCCCACAGACCAGACCUCUGCACCAAUGACUCUAAAAGUGGACUUUGCUAUUCUUUAUGUGCCCCGGCCAGCCAGAUGAACACACACAAUCUGGAACUUACAGCCAAGGCAAGGCAUCUGUGCUUCCUGCUGCCCCUGCUCAUGAGCCUGGCCUGGGGCCUUCCUGGUCCAUGUCGACACUCUGUGACAAAGCACCACCUACUAAGCCUCAGUCGCCUGAUGGAUAACCAAUUGGAGAAUGGAUGUUCAAUAGUCUAUGCAUUCACAGAACGCCAGAAUUUGAGUGAAGUCUGUUAUGUCAAAGCUGCCUUUCCACAUAUCCUGGAGUUGCUGAACACACACUUCAACUAUGCAAAGAACUCUGACAACCGGAGAUAUGUCAGCACUUUGAGAAGGGUCAUCUUCAACCUUUAUUCCCAAGGAUGUGUACCAGAAAUCAAUGAAGAGAUUGAGGACAGCCCCGUGAGCUUCACCAGGGUCCUGUGCAGCUCUCCUAAGGAGGCUCUUCAGAAGGCCCGGGGCGUGGUGGAGCUGUAUGCGGUGCUGCUGCGGCAGCGGAGCAGCCCUGUGGACUGGAGCUGUCAAGAGGAGUACGCUGCCCUGGAGUACGAGGAGGGGGAGGGGGAGGAGCCACCAGCAACCAUCACGCCACCAGCAACCAUUCCCAUACCGGACGCGACAAUCUCCGGUGUAUUUGAAUGCCAAUGCCCUUGCCCAUGGUUCCCAAAGGCCGCCACUCCAUCCUCCUCCACGGCUCAAAGCUACAGUCCACGGACACAGCCUGCCCAAAACCCAACCACAGCUGCCCUGCCUCCGGGUUUCAUCCGUCAUCCAUAUCACACGGACACAACAAUGUCUCAUGGGACUAUCGACAAAGAUAAUCUAACGCCAAGUCCCUUUAAGACGGCAGCAUUCUCUCACAGUCAGCCGUUUGAGGAAAGGGAAUCGUCUGACGUUCCAGCAAGGGUGAUCGAGGUUCCAUAUUCACCCGAAGCUGUAUCGGUCAGGGUUCCUGUUUUGAUGGAUGAGACGGAUGGACAGGCAGAUAAGGAUUUAAUGUACAGAAGUGAGGCCUCAACCACAGGGCCCUCUGUGUUAUCUGAGAACGCGUCUGUGAGCCCAGCCCUCGGUCUGGCUGAUGGACAGAGGACUUUCAGCAGUGGUGAGACCACCACACACGGGUGGGCCAAAGGAACGCUGGAGGCAAAGGACUUUGACUCACAACACCAAUACGACACUGUGUUACUCAGCCAGGAGGAAGUCCUCAGACUUGAAUAUUAUGAAUCUAAGGCCACCAAAGGAACGCACAGAGCGACACCGAAGAGCACUGCUGAUAAUCAUGACGAUUUUACAAUGGAUCAAAUGGCAUUUAUGGAUGCCAGGGCAUUGAGAAGAAGACAGAAAUAUUCGUCAAAAUACAGAAUCUUCCCAAGAGAUCUACGAACAAAAGCAAAGGAUAUUCCAUCGACCGCAACAGCAAAGUCUGAAUCAGAAGAGACCAGGACAGCACACCAGGACAGGAGCAGGAGUCGUCAUACGUUCCGAUAGAUACCAACACAGAACAAUUUUGUUAUUGGAAGAGGGCACAUAGCAUUGUUAUUUACUGUUUCAUUAAUUAUUAACUGUAACUUCUAACUAUAGUUUUAGCGAGACUUUUUUUUUAUCUCUUCUUUUGUUUUUCAGGGGAUACAUGUAAGCUUUAUAAAAUGGAGGUUACAGUGUAAGAAAGACCCAGGUCACACUAACUAUGGGUCUGCUCCCUUUCAGCAUCAGGGCACGGGAGUAGAGCUCACCACAGAGGAAGGUUGACUGCCCACGCUCUGUAUUGUGAAAGUAGAAGACCCAUAAUCAAUUUUAUGAGCCAUACCUGAGUUUGUCCUACCAUGAUGCGCCUGUGAAAAAGGUCUAGAACAGUGGUCGCCAACCUUUUGGAACCUGAGAGCUACUUAAAGGUCACUGAGUAGUAUGAAGGCUAUGUGUUUGAUACAAACUUCACGAAUAACAAAGUUGCACGGCCCCGCAAAUUAGACAUAAAUACUUGUCUUUCACAGUCAUAAAAGAUAACUCUUCCUCCCAAUCAUUGUGUAAAUGAUGUGUUCUUUCGCUUUUCCGCCAUGUUUUUCUAUAUUCUGGAUGUAAAACCCGCAUCUAGCGCCCCAUUGUGGCUGGGCUUGCUAGCUUAUUUCAGCAAAGAGUGACACGAUAUUGAACAUUUCAGACAAGGUCACAGUUCAUAAAACUUUUUAUUUUUAAAUUUUAUAUUCAAUAUUGUCAUUGUCAUCAAAUCGACAUCAAUGCAAGGUUAUUGAUUCAUAAAGAACAUUCACAUUUUAGGCAGAGAUUUAUCGUGACUAUUGCUAUUUUUCGAACGGUUACAUGCUGCCAUUCCGACAUGCUGCCAAUCAGACAUGCCCCCAUUCCGACAUGCUCCCAUUCCGACACCUUUCAGUAACGCCAUUCCGACAGAUACCAAUCAGUGGCGCCAACUUCAGGUCACAAUUUGGGGCUCAUAAAUACUUUGUUCAUAUGUAUUCAACCAAAAAGUAGCCAUCACUUCUUCAAAGUCCUACUUUCAGAAUUUGAGGUUCAGAACAGUAAUUCAUGAAUUAUUUCAGUAUUAUUUAUCUGUAAUUAUUUGAUUAAUUCCAAAUUUUGUGACGAUGUAUGAAAUAAUCCAUUCCAUCAAUUGAAGACAGCAUUCUACAUGUGUGUUACGAGUGGCGGGGUGUGCAAUUAUUAUUCAAAAUGCCCGGUUUUAAAGGUUUCGAAGAAUGUUAAAAAAUUCUAUGAAACUUAAAACUUGGAGUGGAUUGGACGAAUAUUGGAACAAAAUUGUUUGUUAUUAUCCCCCUGUCGCACGGAAGUGCGAUUCUGUCGACCAAUCAACGGACGGCGUGGGUAGCUCGAACUUGCCAGCACCCUUUUAGGCGUCUCAGCUAUAGUUGUCACACAAGCUAUUUUGGAUUUUUGUAACAUGGAAUUAUUUCAGGGGGGGAAAUGGCGUGAAUAAAUGUAUGCACAGUGCCUUCAGGAUUAGGACUGAUAAAUAUGUUGGCCUAGGCCUAAUCAAUUGUGUUUUAAUAUCUUUAGCAUUCAUAUUAUUGCAGUCUAUUCUUUUCGUAGGCUACUCUGCGGUUGGCCUUGAUGGGGAGAUAUUUUAACCCUUUUAACCCCAUUUUCCUGCGACAUUCCUGCGUCUCCCCCUGCGUCAUAUAGCCCAUUUCAGCACCGUGUCAGUUAGGGUUGCCGCGGUAUACGGUAUUACCGGUGUUACCGGUGUUGAGGCCAACACCGAUUACUCGGUGUUGCACACCGGCGAUACCGAUUUUUUUUAUUUAUUUUUUUUCAGUAAUAAAAAACAAAUUCAGUAAAAAUGAAUAAUAAAAUUA